UGAAUAGCGACUACCAUCCGUCGUGAAUGUUGCUUCUCUCCUCGCCCGUAUUUUCGCCGUUUUUGCUCUCUUUAUCUUGAAUUCUCUCUCUACAAUCACACGCGAGCAGACAUGGUGGUCCCCAGACGCGCACCAGUCCCUCCACCGGCUGGCUCUCGCGCCAACUCGGCCCAGCAGGUCCAACGCGUCAAGGCAAAGUCGGUGGCUCCGACUGCCAUGCCAAGCACUCAUAGCCCUCUUGUCAAUGGUGAUACAACAGAGAGCGACGUGCAAAAUUCCUAUGCUUCUGUCGGAGGAGGACAUGACUCGCAGAGCGAUAUGUCGAUGAAUAGAAGUCCAAAGUCAAAAUCAAAACUCAAGUCUAAGAAAGGCCGUAAGAAAUCCUCCAAGAAGGGAACCGGCGUUAUCGAAUUUCUGUCUCGCAUUUUCCUGCUCUGGUUCGUUAUCUACACAGUGUCAGUAUGUCCGGAAGAUGUCCGCCACGAAUCUGCUAUCUGCCGCGGCCUCGCAGAGUACCGUCGGCUAGUCAUUGAACCCUAUAUACUGCCUCCUAUCCAAAUGGCGCUCUCCCAUCCUUCAGUCGCCCCGUACGUGGAAAAGGUCAAACCGGUCACGGACCGCGCUGUCAACAUCACGAAGCCAAUCGCACUCCGCGCUCUGCGUGAAUGGAACGCGCGGGUAGUGCCGCAGUGGAACAAACAUGUCGUUCCGCAAUGGAACAAGCGCGUGGUGCCGCUUUGGUUUCGAUAUGCCGUUCCGCAACUGCUUCGGAUCGACGCGCACUUCGCGCCAUAUCGUAUGCGCAUCAUCCAGGAAUAUCAGCGUCAUGUCGCACCGGUCGUACGGCAGGUGAGUCCCUAUGUCCAGAGGGCGGUUUUCGCCGUGCGCUGGGGGCAACAAAAGGCUCGCCCAUACGUUGUCCUGGCGGCGCACAAAACAUAUGACGCAUAUCAGCGUGUCAUGCCCUAUGCACGGCCGCUGUGGGAGAAGACUAAGCUGCUUACAGCUAAGCUGGUUGCUGUGCUGGCGGAGAAGAGACGACAGUUCGUUGACCCGCAUGUGCAGAGGAUCUGGGAACAGGUGAAGGAGCUUAGCAGCGGUAAACCAAGAGUGCCUACCACCACGGACAUGCACGAUUCCAUUACUUCGCGGGUGUCCCAGGCCGCCUCAGGCGCAACAUCCAUCGCCUCCUCACUGAUGUCUGCGUCGACGCCACACACGUCCGUCGCUUCCGACAACGUGGAUGCAACAUCUCUUCCGGUGAUACCGGAUGUAUUUGCGGAGUCGAAAAUACUGCCAUCCUCGAUUGAGUCUAUAUCUCCUACGUCGUUCUCCGUAGAUGCUGCCGAAAAAGUCGCUUCUACGGCGUCGGUCGCUUCCAAUUUCGUCGACGCCACAGCUUCCUCGAUCAAAUCAGCGUCCGCUCCGAGCGCUUCGGUAUCGUCAGGGAUGUCCUUUCUAAGCGAUACCGCGUCGCAUGCUUCAUCCGCAGCCUCAGCAAGUUCGGAGAAAUUGGCCUCGUCAGCUUCAUCUGUGAAAGGAGCAGCCUCUAAAUCUCCGUUACCUUCCUCAGUAGUCAAGCAUGCCUCUGCAGUCAUCUCCUCCGGCAUCGAUCAAGCCUCAUCUUUGGUGUCCAGCGUGGCUGAAACAGCCACGUCUUCUGGUGUCUCGUCAAUUGCAUCCGCUAUCCCAUCCCAUGCUAUUGACGCGGACAUUGACCUGGAAGCUUUCUAUGCGGAACUCGGCCUAGAUGACAUUAUACCCAGUGCAGCCACCUCCUCCUCUGUUCCUCCUUCAUCCCAGAAGGCUGAAACUGAAGAAGAACAGGAAGAACGCGCGCGGGUGCGAGCUAUUCAAACGGCUGAGAAGCGUGCGGAGUUAAUGGCGCGUCACGCUAGAUGGGAGGAUCAACUAGCCGCGGAGAUCGAGUCCAGCAAAAAGGCGCUCCGCAAGGCCUUGGUUGCGUCAAGGAAGACGGCGGCAGCUGAAUUAAGGGAGUCUGCUGAAAUCCAGGAUGAGAUAGAGUCCCUUGUGGAGGAAGCCGACAAGUUCUUGCGUGGAGCAGAGAAAUAUUUACAGACACUCAGCACUGAAGGCCGGACGGAUGAGGAGAAGCGCAUAAUGUGGGGUCGCGUCGUCGACAAAGUGGACCAGAAGUUUGUUGAGCGGCUUGGUGAAACGGAAGCCGUAGUGAAUGGAUGGUAUGCUCCGGUAUUGGACAAAGAACUGGCGGAGGUGCGGAAGAUCGCGGAUGCAGUUAGGGACAUAGCAGACAGGGCGCAGACUGACAUCGGGAUGGAUUACGCCUAUCUGGAUGACGUGACGUACAAUGAUUGGCAGCGAUACCAUGAUUUGCUCAGGACAAGCGACAACUUCACGGCGCAAGCAAAUGCAAUUCAAGAUGGUUCAGAUCCUUCAUCGCCCGUUAACCCGUUAUUGAAAGAGAUUGAGAAUCUCCAAUCCGAGGUACAAGAUGUUGUCGUGGGCUUCGAGACGCGCCUCCGUCGUAUUAAGCGCACUGGUGAACGCGCCUUGGGCGAAGGCGUCAAGCCCGAGGACAGCGUGCCAGAAGAUGAAGAGGACGAGACCAUCUCGAUACUCCCAAUUGAGGACGACGAAAAAGUUCAAACUCCCGCGGACAUUAACAUACCACCCGUUGUCAUCGGACGGAGCAAGGAGGAGGUUAUGGAUGCUCUCAGUCGCGCGGCUGCAGCAGAAGAAGCGGCCAUUUCGUCGCUCCAGGCAACGGAGCAGACCUCGGACGUUGAGGAGGUCGUGCACAGCCUAACUGAAGAGGAAAAUGCAAGUCAGGGCGUUCCGACUGCGGUCCCAUCAACCGCUCAUGUAGAGCUCUGAGUUAUCUCCGUUCAUCAUUCAUGGCAUGCGCUUUUGUCAGUCUCAACCAUCCCUCCCCCGAUAUGUCAUGGCCUAUUUUUUCUGCCAAACUUACUCCUUUUCAUUCUCACGCACAACUGCCGCGUGCAUUCUGGCCGCGUAUCCUGGAUGCAACGGAGGUCUUGCCUAAUGUGCAGUUCUAGUUAUAUUGUUCGUUUCAGCUUUGACGGGAUUAUGAAACAUCGCUAACAAUGUAUUUUAUGACAAAUACAAGCUUCCAGAUUUGGAUCGUUUGCUAGAUUGCUGUUGCAUUCUUUGUAGUGCUACAGGUAAUUAUCAAACGUGUGUUGACAUGCGCCGUACGCAAAGAACGAAUACUACCGAUAGCGCUUGGUUAUGUCCAUAUGCAUGACGCCUACAUUGGACCCUGUACCAGCUAGUUGCUGCCGUUCAAC